UAUGGAGUCGAAGCGGAGAUUCGCUGUGUGUAUUAAAUUUUGAAUUCGGACAUAACGGCUCCAACAACACAUCUGAUCGGAUUUUUAAUUUGCGCGCGGGCAUUAAACUUAAUCAUUGCUAAAUAAUAAUCAUUUGUACAGAAUUUGUUAGUGUGAUGUGCGCAGCAAGUUGUUGCAAUUUUCAAUGAAGUGAGUGUGCCUGAAUUUGCACACUACUGCCACUCCAUAUAUUCGGGAUUUUUCUAAAAAUCUUGCAGUUGUUUUAACCAUACCAUGGAAGUCAACUCGGCAACUUUACCAGUCCACCAAGCGCCUCCGACUGUUAAUUAUUACUACCAUCCAGCUCACAUCGCUAAUCCUUCUAUCGACCAUUACUCUUCUUUAACGGCUGCUCCAGGCGGCUCCCAUUCGGCCCAUCCGGGUGUGCACCAUCACCAGCCGGUGACCUUUAAUGCCUGGAAAGCCAAUACCAUCUCAUCGGCCGGCCUCUCGUCGUCAUGGCCAGAUGCACCCAUUUACCACAAUGUAGCCAUGUCAUCACAUAAUGCCUACGAAGAAAGUGCUCCUCCUGUGUACGAAACGGAAUUCCCUGUUUAUAAUGAUGGUCCAAGUCUCGGGUCCAGUGAGCCAAAAUAUGAUCACACAAGGGAUCCAUAUAUUCAACAUUAUCCAGACGACAAACAAUACGUCUCGCGUGCCACCGCUGAAAUGCUGCUGUCCUUAAAACAAAUUAAUUUCGGGGAAGACCAUAACCGCCACUACAGUUAUCCGUCACCGCAACACAUCCAGUACGAACAAAGGCCAGCGACUGUCGAAUAUGGACACCGGUACACUCCGCAGCCGGUCAGUGUAAACUUCCAGAUGACCAUGUCCUGCAUUAGCGGCGUGGCGUCUGUUACAAAUCCCUACCAGCGAUCGACCAAUCCUCCCGCACUCCCGUCAACACUACCCAAAACAUCCCAUGACCUUUAUCGAAAAAAACAUGGCAGCUCGCUGCUGUCACACAGCCGAUCUGGUUGCGAUGUCAUUAAUCAGCAUGGCGAAAAGGUCAACAUUUGCGGAAUCUGUCGGAAAUCGUACGCCCGUCCGUCGACGUUAAAAACCCACAUGCGAACACACAGUGGCGAAAAGCCGUACACCUGCACUCUGUGCCCUAAGACAUUUACCCAAGCGGCCAAUCUGACGGCUCACAUGCGCACACAUUCGGGUGAAAAGCCGUUUCUGUGUCCCGUGUGUGACCGGCGUUUCUCGCAGAGUUCCAGCGUUACCACACAUAUGCGGACUCAUAGUGGUGAGCGGCCGUAUCGGUGUCGUGUGUGCAAGAAAGCCUUCAGUGACAGCUCCACACUGACAAAACACACUCGGAUACACAGCGGAGAAAAGCCCUAUCAGUGUCACCUUUGUUUAUUAAAAUUUUCUCAAUCCGGAAAUCUCAAUCGGCAUAUGAAGGUACAUAUGGCUGAACGGAGUGGUCAGCUGAACUGAAUGUCUUUUUCACAUACAUUUCUUGCCCAUUAGAUUACUCGUUUAUAUAAGAAAUGCAUUUCGUGUGUUGGUAGUCAUUUUUGGUAAUUUUUUUGCUCCGUAUUUUGGUACUGCAUCGCUG